AUGACCAUGGAAGAUCGCUCCGGAGGGAUGGAGCGCGCUGCACCCGCAACGGUGAACAACGUGACAUCCUCCUCACCCUCCGACGCCUCGUACCCUCUCCAGCGUUCGGUGAAGCGUUCAUUCGACGUCGCGUUUCUGGUAGCACCAGACGAGAAUCUGGCCCGUCGUCAGAGCGAGAAACUGCGUCUGGUAUCAACGGAGAGCCUGACGGAGAAGAGGAACCAGCGACUUCCGGAGGUCAAUGUGACGACGGACCACGAGGCCGACAAGAUGCCGCAGAACCUGACGAUCAAGCACUACGACCACGAGAGGAAGAUCCUCGACAGUCCGAUCAGUCCACCCUACGUAUCGCCGCGGCUGCAAAUGACAAGUCCGCCGAAAGUGUCACCCGACAACGAGCCGACGCGAAGGUAUAGCCUCCCCCAGCUUCACAAGACUCCGAGUCCACCGAUAUUCCUGAACCAGACCAGCUUGAACAAGAGUCUGGACUCGGCAGAGCUCGUCGUCGCCAAGGGCUACGAUCCAGUUCCAUCCCCGGACAAGAACGAGUCCAGGAGUGCUUUUACAAAAGUGGCAUUCACCGGGCAAAAGAACGGCUUUGACAGCAGCCAAGUCUCGCCAAGGUCUUCCGUUUCCCCGGACCAGCUGAGCUAUCAGAGCAGCAUCAGUCCGCCGGUAAAUCUGUCCAAUCCUCCGUCGUACAAGUACGCUUCGUUUCCCGGUAAGGUGGCGUAUCCCUUUCUGAUGAACCACGAAGCCCAGCAGAACAGCAUCCUGGAGAACCUGAAGAUGCCACAGAUAUCUCAACCGCCGAAGGAUUUCUCGAACCAGAUACCGAGCCCCAAGGUGGCCGGUUUCAGGGCGGAACUCUCCCCCGUGUAUCCGAACCUCCCUUACAAUCCGAUCUCCGUGUUUCCGCCUAUGGCCGAAGCCUUGGCCAGGCCACGAUUCCUCGCGACCGCCGGGGUCACUGGGCUACUUCCGCCGUCGUUUGCCGCGCUGACUUUGCCCGCUCAGAACGUAUGCGCCAAGUGCAAUCUGUCAUUCAGGAUGACGUCAGACCUCGUCUACCACAUGCGGUCCCAUCACAAAAGCGAAAACGCCGGUGAAGCUGCGAGGCGGCGCCGGGAGGAGAAACUCCGAUGUCCCGUCUGCGAUGAAAGCUUCAGGGAACGGCAUCAUCUCACCAGACACAUGACCGCCCACCAGGACAAGGAGAGCGACGCGAUCGUCGAUCAGGUCGAGAUCAAGAGGCGUGCAACCGCUGUGCAAGGCAAAUGACAUCGC